AUGCGUGCCCAGGUGCGCGGGAUCUCCGGGGUGCCCGUGGCGAGCAGGCUACAGGCUGCAGACGUGUGCAGCGCAGCCAAAAUGAUCCAGCACGUGGCUGCUGCAGUUUGCACUCUCUACUCGGUGGCUUAUUCGGGGGCACUUCUUCUGUGGAUCCCGAGCAGCUCCUCCUUCGGAAACACCGUGAGCGAGGCGGAGCCUGCCGAGAAAUACCUGGAGCUGGAGCAGAUUGGCCAAGGGGCUUUCGGAACCGUUUACAAAGGACUGGACAGGGCCACUGGAGGAGAGGUGGCCAUAAAGAAAAUGAGUCUCCGAGGGCAGAACAGGGAACGAGCUGUGAAUGAGAUCCUGCUCCUGAAGGACAAGAAGAACCCCAACAUUGUCAACUCUUUGGACAGCUUCCUUGUUGAUGGAGAGCUGUGGCUGGUGAUGGAAUACAUGGAUGGAGGAACUUUGCAGGACGUUGUCAGACAGACACGCAUGGCUGAAGGAGAGAUGGCAGCUGUCAGUCGGGAGUGUCUGCAGGGCCUGGAUUUCCUCCAUUCCAACCGGGUGAUUCACAGGGAUCUGAAGAGCUCCAACAUCCUCCUGGGAAUGGACGGCUCUGUCAGGCUGGCUGAUUUUGGCCUCUGUGCUCAGCUCAGCCCUGAGCAGGACCGGCGCAGCUCCAUGGUGGGCACUGCUCACUGGAUGGCCCCAGAAGUUGUGACCAGAUCUCCUUAUGGCCCCAAGGUGGACAUCUGGGCCUUUGGCAUUGUGACCAUCGAGAUGGUGGAAGGAGAACUUCCUUACUUCAGGGAAACGGGGGCCAUGGCUCGCGCUCUGAUCCGGCAGAACGGGACCCCGCAGCUGCAGGAGCCCCGGCGCCUGUCGGCUCUGCUGCGGGACUUCCUCGAGUGCAGCCUGGAGCCGGACGAGGAGCGGCGCUGGGCUGCCCAGGAGCUGCUGCAGCACCCAUUUUUGUCAUCAGCCAAGCCUCUCUCCAGCCUGACCCCUGUGAUCACUGCAGCGAAGCAACUGAGGGAGCAGCAGAGGAGAUGAAGCACUUGAGGGAGCUUCUUGUUACAGCAUUUAGGACAACUAGUUAGUUUUGGUAGUUAGCACUGAUAGUUGGUUAAGGUAGUUAGUACUGCUAGUUGGUUAGGGUAGUUUGCAUAGUCUGUUUGUUAUGGUUCUUGUUUGUUAUGGCAGUUUUUUGAAUAAAAACUCUCUCAAACCUC